AUGAGGUUCUGGUUGUUUUUCCUAUCAAAUGCUUUCGUAGCCGCGGUCGCCUUUUCACAGAUGACUACAAAGACCGAUGAGGAAGCUCGAAAAUCAGCAGCUGGCGCAAAUCUACCUUUCUUCACGGUGUUUGUUUCUGACAUUAACACGAACCUGGCGGCUUAUAAUUCCUUCAUGGAAAGCAACAACAUGAAAUUGCCCCAGGCGGUUGCGGACUACUAUUUUCAUGUGAUUCGACUUUCUCAGACGGCUGACUUGGAAAAGGAUGUGGCUUCUAGCUUUCCGUUCACGCAGUUCAAAACCUUUAUCACUAAAUUUCCCUGGUACGAUAGCCUUCUGCAACGGGCAUCUGUAUCAACGCUGUACGUUCCUCAAGAUUUUGUUAGUAGUGCCACCGCUGGCGCUCAAUUGGGAACGUCAACAUCCAAAGUAUCGACUACUUCCUCGGGAACUGCCGAAACGGCUCUCGACUCUUCGAAUGCUGCACCUGGCGUUAAUAAAGGACAUAUUACGCUUCUCUUGGUGAUUUGUGGAUUCAUUCUUUAA